AGUCGACAAUUUAACUUUCGGAGCAUCUGCCACUCCGCCGCACGCUUGUUCCAAAGUCGUAUCCUGCUGCUUCUUCUGCUCUUCCUGAUGAAGCGAAUAAGACACAGGGAUAUAUCAACACAAAUAUUGAAGAAACAUGGGAAUAUACAAAUCAAGCAAUUAUUGAGAUGGCACAAUAAAAUAACAAUUCCAGUUCUCAGUGCGUAAAGGAAACUAUAUGGAGCGUUACGAUAUAGUACAAUUUGCGGCGCAUGUGAUAACAGUUUUGAUAACAUGAAGAUACCGAGUGUCUCGAGAAGAUUGAUGCUGUCCAUUGUUCUGCUGUUGUAUCAAGGAAAUCAUCUUGCGGCGAGAAAUGAAGGAGCGUGCAAGUUAAAUUAUGAUGUUUACGUGCAUUCGAAUGAUCUCCAGUGCCAGGAUAAUACUUCAGAUAAUGAUUUAUCCGUCAUCGAGCGAUACAGACCUACGAAGCAAUUUUGCACGUCAAAUUUCGAUACGACAGAUGUCCUGGUACUUACCGUCGCAUCCAACGAGACGGAUGGCUUCCAAAGAUACCUGAGGUCGGUCGAGGUCUACGGUCUUCGCGAUAACUUGAAGAUUCUCGGGCUAGGCGAGCCAUGGAGAGGUGGUAUCAACAUGAAUUAUCCCGGCGGUGGAUAUAAAAUUAAUCUUCUCAAAAAAGCCUUAGAGGAUUAUCGGAACGAUGAGAAAAAAAUCGUCUUAUUCACCGAUAGUUACGAUGUAAUAUUUCUUGGCGGUUUGUCUGCCAUCGUCGAGCGAUUCCUGGAUAUUGAUGCUCGAGUCUUAUUCUCCGCGGAAGCUUAUUGCUGGCCGGAUAGAUCCUUGGCGCUUCAAUAUCCGUCCGUAUCUCGGGGUAAACGGUACCUGAACUCCGGAGGUUUCAUCGGAUACGUGUCUGAUGUGUACGAGAUCCUGGACAAGGCGUUGAUCAAAGAUGAGGACGAUGAUCAGUUGUUUUAUACGACCAUCUACCUACAGGACGCGCUUAGGAUGCGACAUAAGAUCAAGCUGGAUCACAAAUCCGAGAUAUUCCAAAAUCUCAAUGGUGCGGUAGCCGAUGUGGAGCUCAGGUUCAAAGGAGAAGAGGCUUAUCUUCAAAACAUUGUUUACAACACGGUGCCCUUAAUACUCCACGGCAACGGGCCUAACAAGCUGGUUUUAAAUUCCUUGGGCAAUUAUCUGGCUCAUGCCUGGACACCGAAAGAGGGAUGUUUGGCUUGCUGGGACCGAACCAUCGAACUCAACAAAAACUCGACGGAAACAUAUCCGAUUAUUUUAAUAGCCAUAUUCAUCGAACAACCUACGCCAUUCUUGGAAGAAUUCUUUCAAGCUAUCUAUCGUCAAGCCUAUCCAAAAUCGAGACUGCAUCUGCUCGUUCACAACAAUGUGCCUUAUCACCAAAGCGUGGUCUCUGACUUCUUCGAGAGAGUUAGCCGAGAAUAUCUGAGCGCGAAACAAAUAUCUAUAUUGCCGAAAGACGUAAUCAGCGAAAUUGACGCGAGAAAAUUAGCGUUGGAGCAUUGCUUGUUGAAGGAGUGUUCCGGAUAUUUGUCAGUUGACGCGGUCGCGCACUUGGACAAUGAGCACACGUUGAAGUUACUGGUGGAGCAGCAGAGAGGGAUCGUCGCACCCUUACUUAUUCGACCAAAUACGUUAUGGAGCAACUUUUGGGGCGCUGUAACGAAUGACGGAUUUUACGCGCGGAGCUUCGAUUACAUGGAGAUAAUAAAGAACGUACGCAGGUAUAGUGAAUUCACAAAUAUCAAUUUUUUAUAUAUAUUUUGUCUUAAUCGACUAUGAUUGUAUGCCCAUUACUCAU